AUGGCCAACGCUGCGUCGCUCGACGCCAUGACGCCAUUUCCGCUGUCCUCCGCACCUGCCGUUUUUGCUUACGAUACCCUCGCGGCUGCGACUGCUCCCGCUUCCGCUUUCAACUCCUCCCCCGACCUUCCGCAGCCGCAGCGGCCGCAGCCGGAGCAGCCGCAGCUACAGCAGCCGGAAUCGCGCCAUCAACCGCAUGUCGCCACAUUCAUUGCGGCUUCCCCCUCUGCCAAUCCUGCUUCCGCCGCCUCCCCCGCUUCGAACAUUUCCGCCGACCCGCCGCAGCACCCGCAUCAGCCACAGCCGCAGCAACCGCAUUCGCGCCUCCAGGCACACGCCAUGCUCAUCGCCGCCGCCACAGGCCGCGUCGCGCUGCCCAAUCUUUCCGCCACGCGCCCCGCCGCGAUUCUGAGCGAGAAUCACGCGAGCGAUGAUUGCGUCGGUAACGGCUCUCGGGCGAACAGCAACAGCAACGGUAUACGCGAUAGUGUCAGCAUCGGUACCCGCAAGGGCGUGGCUUCAGCAUCGCACGGCAACUCCGCCGCGCCUCCAGAGCCCGCGACGGCAGCGGCGACAGCCGCGUGCGACGCUCCGGCUCGUAACGUAACGGCUAAUAACGAAGCCGCGACGUCAGUUCGUGCGUCCCGUCCGCCGACACAGCAACCGGCGGGGUCGGCAGUGUCCGGCAGCAGAAGCGGGAGAAGCGGGAGGAGCACGAGCGGCACGAACGAACGGAUCGGCAACGGGGGUGGCGACACGAACGGGGGAAGCGGGGCGAAUGGCAGCUGCGGCGGUGGUUGCGGACUCGGCGGCGGAUACAGCGGCGGCUCGGGCAGCGCCUUUGACGGCGGCUUUGGCGGCGAUGGGUACAGCAGCGCGAAGGCAACGCCGGCAGUCCCUAUCAACACGAAAUCACCGCUUUCCUCGACGGAUCUUAGAACGGACAAUACUAAUAGCGGCGCCGCCCACCCUUGCGUGCGACCCUUCGACUUAGUAGCAGUAACGGCCGAUCUCUUAGUCCGCGAAAACUCGCUACUAGUCCAAGGAAACUCGUUAAUACGCGGUGGUGACGUCAUAGCCCGAAAAGGCUCCGCAAAUCUGAAAGACGCAAUAACCCGUCUCCUUUCCGACACCGUGGCGUCGCCUCCUGUGCCACCGCCUGUGCCGCCAGCUGCGCCGCCGCUGGCGCCGCCGCUGAUGCAGCAGCCCUUGAAACGAUCUUCUCCGCCCAUCCCAACGUUCUCUGCUCCGCCCUCCCGAACCAGCGGCGACCCUGCCGAGCCUCUUCCCAAACCUCCUUCCGAACCUUCUUACGGGCCUCGUUCCUGGCCUUCCAUUCCCGAGCCUCUCCGCCCGUCGCAUGCGAACCCUCUGCCCGCGUCCGCCCAGCCCUCGUGCGCGCAGAGCGCCGCCCCAUCCGCUUCCCCUUUACCCGCGGCUCUGGCGGCGCUACUGGGCAUGACACGUGGCACGGAUCCGUUGCAGUUCAUGGGAAUCGAACGGCGGAGGGAUGAUCUGCUGCGAGCCGCGGCGUCGGCUCGCAGCACCUGCGGCGUCCCGUCGGUCAACUGCCCUUCGCAAAGCAAUCUCGUCUCGCAGGUCUCGUCCCAUCCGUCCGAUUCGCUCUCAUCUCAUCCGUUUGAUUCGCUCCUUGCUGCGCCAUCCGCGGCCUUUCCGUGUCUGCCGCGAUCCGCUUCCGCUCCCGCCGGGUCUGGGGAAGGCGGAACAGCAGCGGAAACAUCAACAGCAACAGCAACAGCAACAGCGGCAGCGGCAACGGGGAAAAGGGAAGGGGAAGCAGCGGGAAGCGAGGGGGAGCGGGGCGCGGGAGCGGCGUGGGUGGCGCGGACGCCGCGCGAGGAGGACAUCAACGAGUGGCUGGCGAAGGUGCUCGGCCCGGGGGGUUUGCAGGCGCGCGGGGGGGGAAUACAGCGGCGGGAGCAAGAGGAAAUGGCGAAGGUGCUCGGCCCGGGGGGCUUGCAGGCGCAGGGAACUGCAGGGGGGGUCGGCAUGCAGCCGCGGGAGCCAGCGGUUGCGGGGAAUGCGCCUGGGCAGGAGGCGCAGCAGAACGCCCCGGCGGCUGGGAGCGCCGGAGGGUGGGGCCAGGGGGGAGGGCGCGCAAGAGAUGGGGUCCGGGCGGAACAAAGUGGAGAAGGGCGGAGAGGCGGAAGCGGGUGGGCGGGAGGGUUGCUGGCUGAAAACAUUCAGCUUUUGGCUGCGAAUCAGGGGUUAUGCUCGAGUCUGGGGGUGAAUGCAAAUUCGGGGUUAGAUUCGGGGUUAAAUGCGGGGCAGGGGGCAGGUUUGGAUGAGAUUGUUAGUCUGGCUGGUGCUGUGCUUUCCAGGCACGCAGCAGCGGGCGCAGGGGGGGUGUCAGGUGGCACAGGAGAAUUCACGUUUGGAUCGUUGGGUGCAGCGGGGUUAGGUGCGGUAGGGAACGAUGUGAUGAUGGGAGGACGGGAUGCGAUGGCAGCAGCAGCAGCAGCGGUGCAGAGGAUGUAUAGACAGGCUCUGGUGGACCGAUACUUGCAGGAGCAGCAGGCGAGCAGAUCGCACACUGCCAUGCCCACUCUUGCUGCCGCUGCUGCUGGUGGUGCUGGUGGUGGCGGUGGUGGUGUUUUUCCUGCCUGCGCGUCUGGCAGUGGUGGUGCAAGUGCAAGCUCCAGCGCUGCUGCUCGUGCGUGUGCUGGCAGCAGUGCUGGGAACAGUGUUGCCAAUGCUGCUGGCAACGGUGCUGUCAAUGCUGCUGUCAGCAGUGCUGCCAGUGCACACGUUUUACGGCAGCACGAUGGCAUGCAGUUAAAGCGGCAGUUAUCAGCAGCAGCAGCAGCAGCCGUUGCCGUUCAUGCUUCUGCUGCACUGCCCCUUGAACGUGCUGCUGCUGAUGCGUCUGGGUGUGAGAGUGCACCUCUGUGGGAUGGUGUGUCUGGGUGCGCUGGUGUGUCGCUGGGUCAGUGGGACUCGUGGGAGCUGCAGCAGCCUGCCACUGUCCAGGAGCUUGUGCUGCAGUGCAAUAAAAGAUCCUGGAAGUACGAGGAAUCAGGAGAAGCUCCUGCUUCUCCUCGCAAUGGACUUUCUGUGCUCGGGGUUUUCCCCCGCCUGGGCAAAGCUUAUGCCACUCCUGUCAACGAACCUCCUCGCCCCGAAUCACCAGUCCGUUCAGUCGGCAUGGUGUAUGCGUGGGGCGCACCGAGCUCGCCGACUGUCGUGGAGCCACACCCGUCCGUGACUCUUGUGCCUGGUGGUGAUGAGGGCCCUUCAAACCGCGGCGAGAGCACUCCGUCAACGGUGAAUAGCGCUCCUGCCAAGCGUCCUCGCACCGGUGGUGUGAAAUACACCCAGCAGCUUCUGUGGGGUGCAAAGCCCCCACGCCAACCACCAAGUCCUCCUCGUGCAGCACCGCUUGUGAAUGCUGAUGAGGAGUUACCCAAAUCGGAUGCUGACGCUGAGUAUGCAAUCAUGAAACAUCGUUUUGAUUCUGACUGGGCAUCCCGUUUUCCGUGGCUUCGUUUGCAUCGCACGAAAGCAGGCCGCCCCUCGUUGAAGUGCAACGUCUGCAUGCUGCAUGGCGAUCCCUCUGCCAACACGACGUACGGCGUCAAGGGCGAGGGUGGCCGCGAUCUUCAGCUUGGCAGCAUGCGCGCCCAUGUUGCGACUCGGGCGCACAAGGCCGCCUUGAAGGUGGAAGCUGAGGCUGAGGCGCGUCGUGAGCGUCAACUCACUCUGACGCGUUGGCAAGCCACGGACGCAUCAACACGUCACAUAAUCCGCUGUCUGCACAUCGCCAUGUUCAUCUGCACACACUCAUUCCGUAUUGCACGUGCGUCACAGGUGGAUGUGACUCUGGUGGCACACCUUGCUGAGCAGACAAGGAUGCGCCUGACCCAACGCUACCUCCGUGUCCCCGAGGGACACACAUUCGGUCAUGGCGACAAGAUGCAUCUGCCUGCCUUCAUCCGUGCACAUGGGAAGUCGGACCCGGACAAGCGGAAGAUGAAGGUGGAAGGGGUCGAUAGAGAUGGGACCCCAUCCUCUCAUGAGUUCGUGCUCCACGAGCGACCUCUGGCCGAUGAAGACCCAGAUGGUGAAGACCCAGACGGUGACGCGACAUCAGGUGACGCGACAGCAUGCUACGAGCUGUCGACCAAGUUUGUGCGGGAGGUUGUGAAGCAGCUUGAGAAGCGGCUGAGAGAUCUGUCUCACCUCGAUGGCUCGAAGCUCUUUUUGUCAUCGAAGUACCUUCUCGACGAUGACAAGCGUGUCGCGGCGUUCAAGCGCUGGCUGAAGCAGCUCCAUGUGCUCUUCCGCGAGACCCUGCUUGGUUUGUGCCCGUUGAUUCUGUGA